AUGGGCCGCCGUAGGUUCCGGCUCGCCGACAUGAUGCCCAGCUCCUGGUUCUACAAGCUCCGCGACAUGCGCCGCCCGCGGGGUCACCCUCCUGCCGUUGCCAGCGGCGGGACCGCGAGCGCAAUGCUACCGUCGUCGUCGCCGCCGCCGCCGCAGAGAGGGGCAAGGUCCGCCACCAGGCCUGCGUCCCCGAGGCGCGGGUCCGUGGCGCUCCCUCACAGGACGUCGUACUAUUACCCCACCCGGGACCGGGAGCUCCCGGCGCCGGAGCCGAGGGACGCCACGGAGGAGGACCGGCACCGGCAACGCCUCCCCCAGCAGCAGUCGUCGCCGCCGAGCUGCUCCAGGAUGCGGCACAGGGUGGGCGCCGUCAGGGUUGGGCGCGGGCUGGAGGCUCUGGCCGGGGCGCACGUCGACGCUCACCAGAGCCGGCGGCGGCGGGACAUGUACGUCGGGCGCGACGCCAGCGACGAGGACGACGACGUCGACGAGGUCCGGAGGCCGGCGGCGAUUGCGCCUUACAGCGUGAGCUGCAAGGUGAUCGCGUCAGAAACGGACAUCGUCAUCGACCUCUGCUCCGGGGGCACCGCCGACGCCGAGCGGGUGCUCCCCCCGAUCGUGACCAGGCCGGCGAUGAGGGAGGUGGUCCGGUACGAGGUGAAGGACAGGCACGUCGUCGACGUCGCCGACACGACGCCGGCAGGCGGCAGCUCUGCCUCGGAGCAGGGGAGCAAGUCCCACCCGAGGCGGCCGUCCGUGUCCGUGGGGCGCCGCCUCAGGACGCGCGUCAACAGCCCGCGGCUGGCGUCCACCACCACCAGGUCGUCCAGGAAGAGCAGCAGCAAGCCGACAACAACCCCGGGGGCGUCGCCACGGAAGACGACGACGACGACGCCAGCACCGCCUCCGCCGCCAGCGCCUCUCGCGGAGAGCUUCGCGGUGGUGAAGUCGUCGGCGGACCCGAGGCGGGACUUCCGCGAGUCGAUGGAGGAGAUGAUCGCGGAGAAGGGCAUCCGCGACGCCGCCGACCUGGAGGACCUCCUGGCCUGCUACCUCGCCCUCAACGCCGCCGAGCACCACGACCUCAUCGUGGAGGUGUUCGAGCAGAUCUGGGCCAGCCUCGCCGUCGCCGGCGCUAACCCAUGA